AUCAUUACAGGAUCUCCACAACCACUGCGUUACCUGAACUCGUCUACAACAUCUUUUAACAUCAGCCUAACCGUAUCGUGGGUGUAGUUCGAUUUUUUGUAGUCAGUCUAAAUACUCCCCUCCCCUGGUUGAUCAAAACAAUAACGCUUCAUUGAGACAAAUACUCAUCAACAUGUACAAAAUAUUGUUUGGUGGUAGAAUUCCGCUGCUCCACCUGCACCAUAGAUAUCCCCAAGUAGAAGUGCAAAGGGAGAGUGAACAAGGGAGCAUCAGAAAGCACCUGAUUUGUAAUGAGCCCACUGUUGUCGUCACUGUAGUAAUAAAGGGACCUCAAACAGCACAGGAUAUUAAAGAAGUGUAAUAGUGCUGCAAAUCAUCCCAUAGCAAUAGCGCAGUAUUACAGUAUUAUAUUUCAGAUGUGAAACGCGAUUAGUAACACUGUUAUUGUAGUACAGUGUCAGGACUGCAGCAGCACAGAUACUGUUACCUGCUGGCUUAAGCUUUGUGUUUCAGCUUGGAGUCGUCUGUCACUCACUUCCGGUGUAAUGGGGAAAUUACCUUCAAAGCAACUGCUAGUCUGACAGGUGUAUUGAUGGCUGUGUUUGAGAACCAUAUAGCAGGAAGAGUUACUGUGUACUCGGUGCCAGGAUGCCCGCAGUGUUUACAGGCCAAGGCUGCAUUACAGGCACUGAAUCUACCAGUGUGUGAAGUGGAUGUGAGUCAUGAUGCAGCUGUCAGGGCUUGGCUGGAUAAGAUGACUGGUAGCAGCACUGUGCCGCAGAUAUUCUUUAACAACGUCCACAUAGGAGGAAAUGAAAUUCUUCAAAAUUUGACCCCUGAUGAACUUGAACCUCUGGUACGUAUGGUGAAGGAGAAGCCUGUGCCUCCAGACACCCUACCAUUACCUGCAGGAAACAGCCUUGAGUCUGAGGAGAGGGAUAGAGGAGCAAUUACAGCUUCUGAAUUAUCUGAGGCCCUGAGGAAUCUGAUCAUGAAACUGUACUCUGAUCACCUCUCUGCUGAUGGCAAGUCAGUGGACUAUAAGGCCAUGUCUAAAAGCACAUGUUAUGAACGUUAUUGUGAGCUGGCUGUGUACCUGCAGCGUGUGGAGCUACUCUCUUUGAGUCAUGAGGAGAGGCUGGCCUUCUUCAUCAAUGUCUACAAUGCCCUGGUUAUCCACGGCUACCUGCGCCUCGGCUUCCCCAAAAACAUGUGGCAGAGGUACCGGUUCUUCAACUAUGUGAGUUAUCUGAUUGGAGGAGAGGUGUUCACACUGCAGGACAUUGAGAAUGGAGUGCUGCGGGGAAACAGGAAAGGAAUAGCACAACUUCUGAAGCCCUUCUCAAAGAAUGACCCUAGACUACAGGUUGCACUUCCUGAAGCAGAGCCUCUAAUUCAUUUUGCACUGAACUGUGGUGCGAAAGGCUGCCCGCCCAUUAGGGCCUACACCCCAAAGGACAUUGGCAGUCAGCUGCGGACUGCUGCUGAGGCAUUUCUGGAGGCUGAUGAUGGCUGCAUAGUGGAUUCUAUGAAAAGAGAGGUGAAGCUUAGCCAGAUCUUCAAAUGGUACAAGGCAGAUUUUGGAGACACUGAUGAAAAGUUGCUGAACUGGGUUUUAAACCACAUGAGGGCAUCUCAGAAGAAGACAAGUCUGAAAACUCUUCUAUCUACAGGGAAUGUUAAAGUGAGAUACAUGCCUUAUGACUGGUCCACCAACAGUUCACACUGAUUAAAACUCUCUUACUAAGAGUUUAGGGCUUCAGGAUGACUGACUCCGAUGUCGUUGAUAUUUUCUUUAGCAAAUGCAUGAGAGCACAGAUAUUUUUACUAUGGCUGUAGCCAACUUCUCUGUCAACACUAGGAUAAAAAUUAAACCACAGAAAAGCUGGCCUUGCUUUUAAGAGGAUAACUAUGCAUUUUAACAAUAAUUCCUCUACGCUCCAAAGGGCAAGUUUUCCUACCAGCCACUAUCCUAAUAAUUAUACUGGAUUUUACACUUCCUUAAUAAUUCUUUACUUUGUGUUAACCAACUUUAUUUCUCUUAAAAAGAUUUAAACACUAUAAUAAUUACGAUAUUUAAUUGAUUUUUUUUUUACCAUUUUGUUAAUUUAGCUAGUAUGGUCCACUUUAGCUAUGAAAACAAAUGAAUAUUUGUUGUGGCUAUAAGCACUAAGACAUUAUGCCCCACUGGGGCUGUUCAGCAUGGACUAUAUCAGCAACUGGACCUAAAAGCAUAAAAAUGCAUGCAACUGCACCAUUAUUAUUUACACAUGGCUCACAGUGAGCAUAAACUUUAGCUAAGUCCAUUCCAUUUAGAAUGUCAAUAUCAAAGCUUACAUAAUAUCAUAUUAAUUGAUUUGUCUGUGCAACUAUUUGCCAUGUUCAAAAUACUCAUGAGAGUUGAGAGUGUGUUGUGAAAUUGACUGCAUGUUGUAUGGAAAGGCUGGAAUUUUAAAAUCCUAUACAUAGUAAUGUAUGAACUCUAUUCCAUCCGGUACCUUUUCACCUCGGUAUAAGACACCUAUAUUCCAAGUGUUCCUCAUACUUAGUUCAAGAAUUUCUGUUCUAUAUUUUAUUAACUCAAAGAUCUAUACUGUAUAUGCAAUAUGUAAAGGAAAAAUAAACAGCAGGUAAACAAUUUUAUAAACCGGGAAUGAUUUCAUUAUUAUACUUAUCAAGAAUUAAAUCAAUGCAAAGCUAGCUAGCUAAUAUUGAAUUCAUUCUGUUGCAUGAACCUGGGUUAUAUAAUUCUUGAGCAAUAUUAUGCACUGAUGAAUAAAUUAUGAUAUUGCAAGCUUUAAAAAUGAAGCAUAUGAAUCUUCUGGUUUGGGUCCCUCUUGUUAUCUGAAGCCUGUGAAUUGAACGAUAUGGAUUAUUUUGUAGAGCCUAUUAAUUGGUUGUACUUCCUUUCAUAUGCAGCUGGAGUCACUGUUGAUUAUGUGAAUACUGUUGUAUUAUGCGUCAUUACAUGGUGCCACUGAAUUGGUACAUGUUUACUUUUAACCAUAUGCAUUAUGUUUAGCAAGAAAAAUAUAUGUUUUGUGGAAUGAACGAUGAAAAAGUUUCUGUUGUGCAUAUUUCACUGAGCAGUUUGAGAGAAAUCUAUGUAUGUUUUUUUUCUCCUCAUAUUCGCACCGAGAUAAUGCGCAUGAAAUUGAAAAUACACUGAGUGUUUGCCUGAUAAAUGAACUGUGUCAUUACUUAUCAGCAAUAAUUGCUUACACAGGUUUCCAUUCAUAUUCAAGAAAUAUUUAUAAAAAUUAAAAAUAAUUAAUUAUUACAUGACUAAUAAAAUUCUGUAUUGCUUGAAUGGUAGCAUGUUGAUUAUUAUUGAGCUCUGUAUACUGCAGCAUGUAUAAUAACAAAUGUAUUAUGUAUAUGGCU